GGGGCGUUCCAUGCAAUGGAAAAAUCAGCUUCUGGGCACCUCCUUUUACCUGAGAAAGGAGGCUCGCGUGGCUCCCUUGGUUUCCUGUGCAAGUUGAGGAAAAUGACAACUCGCGUCAUUCUCUUCCUGGCCUUGCUUUCCAUCCUCGUCGCCGCUGCUCAUGCACGCGGCCACCAUAAGGGUAGGCAUGGCCGCCAUUUGGCCGCUCAAAAUGUCACUUACGAUGGUAAGUCACUCUUCAUCGACGGCAGGCGCGAGAUACUCUUCUCCGGCUCCAUCCAUUACACACGAAGCACCCCACAGAUAUGGCCUGACCUUCUUGACAAAGCAAGACGCGGAGGUUUGAACGUGAUUCAAACCUACGUGUUUUGGAACGCUCACGAGCCAGAGCAAGGACAAUUCAACUUCCAAGGCAAUUAUGACUUGGUCAGGUUCAUUAAGCUUGUUCAAGCUUAUAAUAUGUUUGUCACACUCAGGGUUGGGCCAUUCAUCCAAGCAGAGUGGAACCAUGGAGGACUUCCAUAUUGGCUUAGGGAGGUCCCAGGGAUCAUAUUCCGCUCUGACAAUGAGCCCUAUAAGAAUUACAUGCAGGGAUUCGUGACAAAGAUUAUACAAAUGAUGAAAGAUGAGAAGCUCUUUGCUCCCCAAGGAGGCCCCAUCAUCUUGGCUCAGAUUGAGAACGAGUAUAACCAUAUUCAACUUGCAUAUGAGGAGAAGGGAGACAGUUACGUCCAAUGGGCUGCAAAUAUGGCUGUGGCACAACAAAUUGGAGUUCCAUGGGUCAUGUGCAAGCAGAGAGAUGCCCCUGAUCCGGUCAUCAACGCAUGCAAUGGAAGGCAUUGUGGUGACACUUUCUCAGGCCCAAAUAAGCCAUACAAGCCAGAAAUAUGGACUGAGAACUGGACCGCUCAGUACAGGGUAUAUGGUGAUCCACCGUCCAGGAGAUCCGCAGAAGACAUUGCCUUCUCAGUUGCUCGCUUCUUCUCCAAGGGUGGAAAUUUGGUUAACUACUAUAUGUACCACGGUGGAACAAACUUUGGUAGAACAAGCUCUGCCUUUACCACAACCCGCUAUUAUGAUGAGGCGCCUCUUGAUGAGUACGGUCUCCAAAGAGAACCUAAGUGGAGUCAUUUGAGGGACGUGCACAAAGCUUUGCUCCUUUGUAGAAAGGCUAUCCUUGGUGGCAUUCCCACUGUCCAAAAGUUGAACGAGUUUUAUGAGAUUAGAACCUACGAGAGGCCUGGAACUGACAUGUGUGCUGCUUUCCUCACUAACAACCACACCAUCGAGCCAGCCACCAUUAACUUCAGAGGUGUAAACUACUAUUUGCCUCCACAUUCCAUUAGCAUCCUCCCUGAUUGCAAGACCGUCGUCUUCAACACCCUAAACGUUGUUUCACAACAUAACUCAAGGAACUUCGAGAAGUCACCCGCUGCAAACAAUUUCCAAUGGGAGAUGUUUAACGAGGCCACUCCAACGACCAAGAAAAUGCCCAUAUACCAGAAUAUUCCUGCUGAGCUUUACGGCUUGCUUAAGGAUACCACCGAUUAUGCUUGGUACACCACCAGCUUCGAGUUGUGUCAAGAAGACAUGCCACUGGUCCCCGGGGUGGUCCCAGUUCUUCGUGUUAUGAGUCUUGGACAUUCCAUGGUUGCUUUUGUAAAUGGAGAUAUCGUUGGAACUGGUCAUGGAACACACGAAGAAAAAUCUUUUGAGCUCGACCGACCAGUACAGCUAAGAGUUGGAACCAACUACAUUUCACUCUUGGCUAGCACGGUUGGACUUCCCGACAGUGGAGCUUAUAUGGAACAUAGGUUCGCAGGACCAAAGUCCAUAACCAUCCUUGGUCUCAACAAAGGACCACUUGAUCUUACUGCCAACAACUGGGGUCAUUCGGUUGGUCUGAAGGGUGAGGGCAUGAAAGUUUUCACUGAGGAAGGAGCAUUGAGGGCAAAGUGGAAGCCAUUGAGUCCAGUUCCACGUCCUAUCACAUGGUACAAGACAAGAUUCGCCACCCCAGAGGGAAAUGGUCCUGUUGCCAUCAGAAUGACUGGUAUGGGAAAAGGACUCAUCUGGGUGAACGGUCAAAACAUUGGUCGCCACUGGAUGACAUUCCUCUCUCCACUUGGACAGCCUACUCAAUCAGAGUACCACAUCCCAAGAUCUUACCUGAACCCACUAGACAACUUGCUAGUGAUAUUUGAAGAGGAAGGUGUAGCUCCGAACCAGGUAGAGAUCCUGAACGUGAACAGAGACACAAUCUGCAGCUUCAUUUCAGAGAGUGAUCCUGCGAAUGUGAACUCAUGGGUAUCAAGGAGGGGUAACUUCCAUCCAAUAGUGGAUGUUGUGGGACCAGCAGCGACACUGGAGUGUGAAACAGGGAAAAAGAUUGUGGCUGUGGAGUUUGCAAGCUUUGGAAACCCCACUGGAAACUGUGGAGGCUACUCUUUGGGAAGCUGCAAUGCUGCUGCAACACAGCAAAUCGUGGAGCAGCAAUGUUUGGGGCAACCAACUUGCACGGUUGCAUUGAACCGCGCAGUGUUCAACCAGAAUGGCGCGGAUCUUUGUCCGGAUCUCCUGGUGAAGGACCUCGCUAUCCAAGCUAGGUGUUCCUGAAUCAGUGUCUCUUUGGUGGCUUCAUUUGGCAAAGUAGAGCCCAGAAGCUCAAAAUCACAUUGGAUUUUUGUAUCUUUCUACUUACAUUCAAUGUUCACAACGUUUCUUUACUUUGAAAUUCGUUACAUAAAAAUGACCGGAAUUCAGUUUUGAUUGCUA